CCAAGUUUACUCAAUUCCGGAUUUCAAUUUUCAAUAAUGAAAGUUGUAGUAUAAGGAGAAGGAGGUCUAUGACUGUUUGUUGCAAAUUGAGGAGUGGGGGUGAGGAGAAAGAAGACGAAGAAGAAGAGGAAAGCUUAAGGAGAGAUGAUGAAGUGGAGAAAGCGCUUCGUAUGGAUGGUACAAUUCCAGGCACUCCUAAUGAGUUUGUAGAGCAAGUGUCUUCACGUGCUUAUGAUAUGCGUAGACAUCUUCAACAGAGUUUCGACAGUAGUAGCUAUGAUGUGCUGGAGGCUAACCCUUGGAGAGAAACACCUAAACCUGUAUACGUGCUGACCCAGAGGGAGAACCAGUUGUGUACAAUGAAGACCCGGAGAAACCGAAGUGAGGUUGAAAGAGAGCUUGGAAUGUUGUUCUCCAAAGGAGGAAAAAGGAAAAAUCGUGCAAAGCAGCCAGAAGCUGACACAAGAUUUCAGAUGCUUGUUGAGGAUAUCAGAGAGGGAGUACUUGUAUUUGAGGAUGAAAAUGAGGCUGCAAAAUACUGUGACUUGCUUCAGGGAGGUGGUCAAGGUUGUGAAGGUGUUGCAGAGAUAGAGGCUUCAUCAGUAUUUGAUCUAUGCCGGAAGAUGAGGGCACUGGCAGUUUUAUUUCGUCGGGGAAGAACACCUCCUUUGCCCGAAAGCCUCCAGCUAAACUUAAGGGCACGCAAACGCUCACUUGAAGACCAAGAGAACUUGAUGUAAUGUUCCUAUGUUUGAGCUGAGUACAGGUGAUGCCUAUUGUCUAGUAUGAUAAAAAACAUAUUGGACACAGUAAUAUAAUUCUUCUCUGUGCAGCUAUUUUAGUCUGUCAUAGCUCUGACAUGUAUAUAUAAUAUGUCACACAACUGUAAUGGUUAAUGUAUAUAAAGGAUUCUCAACUGCA